GGCAUCUUUCCGAGGAACGUCACAUGCAAAACAGCCACACGUUUAUGCCGUUGAAUUAUAGAUUAAAGGGAGGCUGAACAUGCAGAUUGGGACACACUCACACACUCAUGCACCGAUGACUGAGGAGAGAGAUGCGUCCUGACGAGCCUUGCUGAAGCGAUCUCCGUUUGACAGCGUUCACUCACACACAGCACGGAGAAGAGAAACACACACGAUGCGUUUAUUCUUCAGAGAUGUGGUUCUCCUCCUGCUCAAUGCUCUGGUGCUGAUAUCUGCAGCUGGAGAGGAGCUCAUCUUCACCAAUCAUGCUCUGGUCCAGUUGCACGAGGGCACGGAUGAAGAUGCGCACACUCUUGCCCUGGAGAACGGCUUCGGGAGCGCGAGGAAGCUUCCCUUUGGCGAGGGGUUAUUUCACUUCUACCCACGGGAAAUGCCCAAAACUCGCAGGAAACGCAGCGUUGACCACCUCCACCGCCUGGCGAACGAUCAUCGGGUGAAGAAUGUGUUUCCUCAGGAGGGAUUUGGCCGUCAAAAGAGGGGCUACAGAGAAAUCAGCAACUCUGACGUCAACAUGACGGACCCGCUUUUCACCAAGCAGUGGUAUCUUAUAAACACGGGCCAAGCGGACGGGACCCCGGGGCUGGACCUGAACGUGGCAGAAGCCUGGAACAUGGGCUUCACCGGCAAAGGAGUGACCAUCGCCAUCAUGGACGACGGUAUUGAUUAUCUACAUCCAGAUCUCGCCUCAAAUUAUAAUGCAGAAGCCAGCUUUGACUUCAGUAGCAACGACCCAUUCCCUUACCCUCGCUACACGGACGACUGGUUUAACAGUCAUGGAACCAGGUGUGCUGGUGAGGUGUCUGCGGUUUCAAACAACAACAUCUGUGGGGUGGGCGUGGCCUACAACUCCAAGGUAGCAGGCAUUCGUAUGCUGGACCAGCCCUUCAUGACGGACAUCAUUGAGGCGUCUUCCAUCAGCCACAUGCCUCAGGUCAUUGACAUCUACAGUGCCAGCUGGGGUCCCACGGAUGAUGGGAAAACAGUGGACGGUCCUCGCGAGCUCACCCUUCAGGCCAUGGCAGACGGAGUCAAUAAGGGCCGAGGUGGGAAAGGCAGCAUCUAUGUGUGGGCCUCCGGAGACGGUGGUAGCUAUGACGACUGUAACUGCGAUGGGUACGCCUCCAGCAUGUGGACCAUCUCCAUUAACUCGGCCAUCAACGAUGGACGCACUGCACUCUAUGAUGAAAGCUGCUCCUCCACCCUAGCCUCCACCUUCAGCAAUGGCCGUAAACGAAACCCUGAAGCUGGCGUGGCCACCACGGAUCUGUACGGAAACUGCACACUGCGUCAUUCGGGCACAUCUGCCGCCGCCCCUGAGGCUGCCGGAGUGUUUGCCUUGGCGUUGGAGGCCAAUCCGAACUUGACCUGGCGGGACUUGCAGCAUCUGACAGUGCUCACGUCUAAGAGGAAUAAACUGCAUGACGAGGUGCACCAGUGGAGGAGGAACGGCGUGGGCCUGGAGUUCAACCAUCUGUUCGGAUACGGUGUGUUAGACGCCGGAGGAAUGGUCAAACUCGCCCGCGAGUGGAAGGCGGUCCCCGAACGAUUUCACUGCGUGGCUGGAUCCGUGCAGGAGAUACAUAAAAUCCAGUCGGGAAACAAACUGGUGCUGAGCAUCACAACCGAUGCCUGCCAGGGAAAGGACAACUUCGUCCGCUAUCUGGAGCACGUUCAGGCCGUCAUCACCGUCAACGCCAGCCGCCGCGGAGAUCUCAACGUCAACAUGACUUCACCCAUGGGCACCAAGUCCAUCCUGCUGAGCCGCCGGCCCCGGGACGACGACGCCAAGGUGGGCUUCGACAAGUGGCCCUUCAUGACCACACACACGUGGGGCGAGGACCCCCGGGGAACCUGGCGGCUGGAGGUGGGCUUCCAGGGAGAAACCCCGCAGAACGGCCUGCUGAAAGAGUGGACCGUCAUGCUGCACGGCACACAAAGUGCUCCUUACAUAGACCAAGUGGUGAGGGACUACCAGUCCAAACUGGCCAUGUCCAAAAAAGAAGAGCUGGAGGAGGAAUUAGACGAAGCUGUGGAGAGAAGCUUGAAAAGCCUUUUGAGUAAAAAUAACUAGCCAUGUGCAUGACGUCCUCUCUGUGUUAGCAUAUAUUCCUCUCUCGGCUUUCUCUUUUUUCUUGUGAUUAUUCAAUGAAUGUCUCUCAUAUUAAAAGUGUAUUCUCUGAAUGAUACAGUGGCCCUGGAAACUAUUCGGACACUUAAGACACACUUAGAAAAAUCCAAAUUUGACACCAACGAAAGACACCACAAGCACAUUUUAAAAGCAAAACGCUUAACAAAAAGACAUUUUUAAGGCUUCUAAUGAUAAUGGCAAAGUUCAUAGUAGGGAAUUGGCAUAUGUUUGGUUGUAUUAAACCAAAUUCCAGAGCGAUUGCUCUGUUAGUGUAGUUCAUUUGUGAACUUUUUGGUCCAGACCAAGCGAACCCAACACCCUAAAAGUCAUUUAAUAAAAUAUCUCAGAAAACCUCCAGCAUCAUUUCGUUUAAUAUUUAAGUUUUAAGUGACAUUCAAACUCAAAGACAUUCAAAAAGUGUGACUCGAGUGUCCAAAUGUGUGUUUUGCCACCACUGUACGUCCCACCGAAAACAAUAUUACAUUCCACUUACUUUUUUUUAAACUCUUUCCAGAAAUGUAUAUACACCAAAUAUAUGUACACUUUAUUAUGUUCUUGCUUACCCCGCUGUCCCACACCUCUGCUGUACAGUUUGUGACUGUAAAUCAUUUUGUGUGGUUCUCCUUAAAGUUUAGUAUCUUGCAAACAGAGCAGUGAUAUUUCUUUCUGUAAUAUAUAAAUAUAUUUUGAGAGGAGAAGAUUAGUUUUUAUUAUGAAGAGAUGGAAUGUGAGUCAUUAUACUGCUUAUUUCAUAGCAUUGUCUAUAUAUAAUAAAUCUAUUUAGCUGUUUGUUAAAGCACCUGAGUGAUUAAGACAAUCAUUUCCCCAUUGGGUUGGUUGAUCUGGGGUGCAAGAGUCUCCCAAACUAUGGUUUGUGGUUUGACAACGAAUCUUUAAACAUGGCGUAUCCAUUUCAAGCAAUGUGAAAUAAAUAGAUAAAGUUAUUGUUAAUAAUCAGAAUAAACAAUUCUUCUGCUAGGUGAUAUAUUUCAGUAUCCUAACUGUUGGCUGUUUUUGGUUGCCAGUAGCUAUUUCAAUGUAUUUGUAGUCGCAGAAAAACACUACGCAUUAUGUCAACUUUAAAAAAAUAAGGUGCAUUGUGGCUUUCUUUUGAAUCCUAAAUGUGAUACUUCAGUAUUUUCUCUCUCCAUCUCUUGCUCUCUGGACCUUGGAUAGUAGAUUAUGCAGAGGUCACGUCUGUAUCCCGCAAGGUCAGUUUAAUGAAAAAUGGAUGAGUUUCGUUUUGCAACUGGCUCACGCAGAGGAGUGAAAGAGAUAGACUGCAGAACUAACUGAACCCGGUUACGUCAUGCCUUAAAAUUUCUUGAAUGUAACUCGACACCCUUGCCUCAUUUAGUAUAAGCGGUUCUAUAAAUAUGCAAAUGAGCCCCGCCUCCACUCACUUACUCACUCAGAGAUCACUCAAAACAUUUCAUUCUUUUCUGUGUAAAACUGCACUUUAAAAUCCAAUGGUUUCUACAGCUGGCGGGGAAAGUGCCAUGUAAAGACCCUAGACAACUGAUAGACAACACAUGUUGAGAGUUUUGGUUUCAAUGUUUAUUUUUUGGGGCAGUUAAUACACAUCAAGACUGCGAUGGGCAAUGCUAGCAUCUUAAAUUGAACAGAAUAAUAGCAAAUAAAUCUCUUUGCUGUAGUUUGAAUUCAAGUAAGGGUAAAAGAGGGUGAUACAGUACAUGUUCAUUGGGUCGCUCUACGGCUCUGGUCCAGAACUUGGGGAACUACCUGCCUAGGCUGCAUUUUAAGGUAUCGUAAUUUGUAAGUACAGAUUCCUCUGUGCACAAAGUAACGCAGCAGGUUGAGCGUUCAAGUCAGUCACUUGUGAAGUUCAAUACCAGGCGGUGCAUACUGUAAGAAGGCAGCUCACAACGUUUUGGAAUAGAGCCUUUGAAUCCAAUUGAAACGGGCAAGUAAGGUUCUCCAUGUCAUGUUUCUUAAAGUAUUAACUUCAUCAUUAAAAUUUCCUGA